AUGUCGAUCAACGUCACCAUAACCCUCCCUCUCCCAACCGCAACCGCAAUCCAACAAGGCGACUUCGACAAAGCCUAUCUCUCCCAACUCGUCCUCGACGCAGUAAAAGCCCUCCCCCUCCUCGGCGGUCCCUCAUUCUCCCAUCAAGACCCCUUUACCAGCAACGACGGAGCACUCACCCCACCCGCCCUCUCAACCUACGACCCGGAAGUCGUCACCGUCCGCGACGGCUACGCAUCCCGAGCAACGAGUCCACCUGUUUAUACGCCGAAUCCGACCGAAUACGAGUCGUCUUCUAGAACGGUAGUUCCGGAUGUUCAGGCUGUGCGGUAUCCCGAUCGGGAUUCUUUUAAGGUCGAUAAAUUCCCUGUUACGGUGAUUCAUGAGGGUAAGGGCGUUUGGCCGAUUCAUGUGAAUAGUGCGAUGACAGGGGCGGAGCUGGCUGUGUUGAUUGAGGAGAAGAGUGGGGUGGAGGUGGGGAGGCAGAGGGUGAAAUUUAAUGAGAGUUUGUUGGAGAUGGAGAAGACGCUUUAUGCUUCCGGCAUUCGUCGUCACCGGCAGUUACAUCUCAUCCAGCUCUCGGGUCUUGUCCUCUUGGAUUCGGACGUGGACUUCUGGAUUCAUGUUAAGGGCUGCGUGAGCGAGAAGAAAAUUCCUAUUCAUGCGAAGCUCUCAACAAGCACGACUGAGGUCGGCAUGGCGUUGUUUGAGCACUUCGCACCACAUACGCCUUUCGGUAGGCGACAAGUGAAGUUUAAGGGCCAGCCCGUGUAUGGAGUCAACGAGGUCGUGAGGACGAUGGAGCAUACCGCCGCCGACUACCUCCACGCCACCACCGAGCCGCAGCCAGCUGAAGAGACAGGCCUGGGAACGCACUUCACCAACACCUUCUCGAAGGAGCACAAGGAGACUGCUCCGAACCAGCCACCAGAGGUCAAGCUGAAGGAUACGAAUUCCGGCAUGACGACGGCGCAGCUGCAGCAGGCUGCGUCGGACGCUCAACAGGCGGAUCCGAAUAUCCUGAAGAAGAUGAAGAUUGUGAAGUAG